AUGUAUUCCCAACGACCACCACCACCGCCACCGGCGCUGAAGCGAACGCAUUCGGAAGAGAGCCAGAAUAGCUAUGCCAGUGCGGCGACGACUGUGUCGCGCGCGAGCUCGAAGCUGCUGUUUGGCGAGAUUCCGUUGACGCCUGCGACGACAGUAGAUGGAAGAUCGACGCGCACGAACAGCUUAGUUUGCAACCUGGUCAUGUCAACAAGUUCAGUCUUCUUACGCUUCUGGCUGAAUGAUCAAUGCCGCGACAACUUGCUAGAGCAUCUGGAGCCUGAGGAUCUUUCCAACUUCCGUCUAGUGUGCCAUGAUUUCUCCUCAAAGGCUGCGCCGCGUCUGUUCGAGUCUAUGACUGUUACUUUUAAAACUUCAUCCUUUUCCAAGCCGGCGCGCAUUGAGGCGCUGUCAAGGAUAGGGCGACAUGUCAAGACCUUCACCUUCCACAUGCCCCAUGGACCGGAUAGCUUUUUACCACCUAUUGUCGACCCAGAGACUGGCGAAGAGAAACAGUUUUUUUACGAGCCACACGUUCAGAAUCCGCAAAAUGGCCCAGCGAAAGAUAAGACCCCCAAGUACGGCAGCUGGGAAAUGCAAGACCUUCUUAUUAAACAAUACCCUCCCCUCUUCCACGCAGCGACCAACGUACCUGCAUUUGUGUCCGCCUUCUCAGAGCUUAUCAACCUCACACACCUCACAGUCUCGUGCCCAGGAUCGAACCAUGCGCCACGACACCGUCGAAGCGCAGUAGACUAUGCGCUCAUCUCCCUCCGCAUAGCAGUUGAGCGUGCACCACUUUACAGCCUCUCUUCACUCUCCCUCCAUCCUAUACAUCCCGGCGGCCUUCUCUACCUCCAUCCCAUGCACGGGUUCGGCAGCACACCCUCAUCAGCCAAGCGAUGGUGUCAAAUUCAUCGGCUGUCGAUAUGCAUGGACUCGAUUCCCUUCUCCUCCACCUCGAUGCGAACACGCGCUCAGUCCUUGGAACACCUCCGCAUAUUACACGCCUACCUGCGCACCUUAUCGCGUGGUCUAACACGCCUCUUCUUCCGCUGGAAAGGCGAGCGCGGACCCUCUCCUCUAUCACUUGAUAGAGAGCCAUGCAUGCUACCUGUACAAGAAGAAUGUAUGCACCCUUCUAUGCGCGGUCAAGUCCGUGGACCACGACCCCUCAAGUUCGCACGUUUGCGUUACAUGGAGCUUGAGAACGCUGUCAUGGACUCGACACAGAUUGCGGAUUUUAUCCACAAACAUCGGCGUAGCUUAGUCGAGUUCAACUUCGAAGACGUCAAGUUGCGCGAAGGGGACUGGGAUCAUGCGCUUGAGCCACUCACUCGUAUCGCUGGUAGUGAUCGGUGGAAGCGCACGCAAGAGGAAGUCAUGGACGUUCCUAUUAUGCUGUCGCCUGUUGAUGCCGAGCCGAGAAUUAUGGGGCCGCUACUGGAGGAGGUUGAUCAGGCUAUUGGAGAGAUUGGGGGUGGAAGGAGGGAGCAUGCUUUGAGUAGGUGGUUAAGCAAACCGAAGAGUACGUUGAGGAAGAGUCCGGCGAUGAAGGAUAGCUUCUUUGGGGGCGACCAUAUGAAGCGCUUCCUUCGAUUGUCGUCGUGGAAGUGA